AUGACCCGCAAGGUUAACGCGGUCAUCAAAGCGGCAGCUCAAGAUCUUCAGAGAAUGGGCGUCAUAUAUGUGGACGGUCUCCAAGAUGCUUACAACGGCCACCGCUUCUGCGAACCAGGGGCCACCAAAGAGCAGACGGAAUACAUUGUGCGGUUCUGGUCGCAAUACAGCCAUUUCGACACGCCCUCUGAAGGCCGCGCUGAGGAUGACGUCGAGGCCACCAUACGACCACCAUUCCCGGUACUCCGUUCGUUCCAUCCUAAGGGCACGGCAUAUGCAGAGCACGCCACGGCGCUGUUUGCCGCCAUAGCGGAUAAUAGAGCAGCGAUUGCAACUGGCGGCGAAGGGCAGCAGAUCGCUAUUGCGUUGUAUAUUCACCCCCUAGGAGACCCGGGUUCGUGGGAACGGAUCUUCGCAUACGACACCAAGAAAGUCAGCGUACUGGUUGCUGAUGUUCUGAACGGUCCAGAUUAUGUGGUCGAUACAGUCUGGAAAUCGAUGAUUGAUCAAGCUGCCAGUCAAGGCAAAAAGAUCCUUGGCUAUGUUCGGACUGGCUACCUUGGCGUAAGUCAACAGCAAUUUACAACUCGACUAGGCUCGCAUGACCUCGCAGACUGGGCUUCGCAAAUUGAACAAGAUGUUGACAAGUGGUCGAGCUAUAUGGCACCAGUCUCGGCGGUAUCUUUUUUGAUGAAGGCUGGCCGGAAUGCAGUCCCAACAAUAUUUACGCAGAUCUUCCUCAACCCUGGCUCUCCAAUCGCUCAAUGCUUUGAAGACACUAUGGAUACGCUGUUGACAUUCGAGAGCAGCUAUGAGACUUGUAUGAACUCGUUUGUACCUAAUGAUUGGAUGCCAAAGGAUCAGCGAAAGAUAUGGCACACCAUCUACAAGGUACCACAGAAUCAGACUGCAAGUGUUGCUGCCUUUGCGUCGAGCCGCAAUGCAGGGUUGCUAGAAAUUACCAAUGAUAAUCAACCCAAUCCCUACGAUAAUCCGCCCGACGAGGCUUAUAAACAAGCAGUUAUCGGGGCCGUACCGGGUGGUACGCCUUUUAUUAAUGGUCCGGUCAAAGUUAUCACCUUCUACGUUGCUGGUCUUCCGAGUGAUGUGGUUGUCUCUUCUACCGACUAUAGCUCUGCCAUCCUUAUUUGA